CGGUGUUAACAGGUCAUUUUAGAAAUGGAGUACAAUUUUUCUCUGCUGGGGAUAAUCCUGGUGAUGUUUCUUAUAAAUAAAAGUGACAGUGAUGCAGAACAAACUAAUGUUUGGUCAGAAUGGCAGAGCUGCGACAAAACCUGCGGUGGAGGGUUUCAAUUUAGAGCACGUUAUUGUCCAAAUGAGCUAAACAAUUGUUCAACUUUCGAGAGCCGCCGUUGUAAUGAAUUUGAUUGUGAUAAGAUACCAACAACAAUUCUGACUACCAAGAGUUCUACAACAGUCCAUGUGAGCACCAAUGUCCGAGGCGAGUCGCUAAUGAGUUCCUUCUCUGCCUCACCCACAAGUCCGCCCGAUCUCCCAGAAGUUUCUACCGAAAUUAAAACAACACUGCUUAGUAAGUCCACACCUAAAAUUGUUAGAUCCACCAAACCAACGACAACAACCACCACCUCGCCACCGAAACUGGUCGCUAACCCAAGGUCAGGAGCAGUUUGUCUGCGAUCAAGUACGUUUUGUCUGUGA